AUGAGUAGAACGAUUAUAUCACUUCUCUCUCCCUUUCUCCUUUCCUCCGUCCUCACCUCCGUCCUUUCGUCCCCUAUCCAACCUGACACUGAUCUCCUGCCUCUUGUGAUAUGGCACGGUUUAGGAGACAGCUACGAGAAUGAAGGAAUGAAAAGUAUCGCACAACUUGCGGAAACGAUCAAUCCAGGCACAUACGUACACGUAAUUCGACUCGGUGAAUCCGGGACCCAGGAUAGAGAUGCCACUUUCUUCGGCAACGUCACCACUCAAGUUGAAGAAGUUUGUCAGAAACUCGCGUCAGAUCCCAUAAUAAACAGUGCACCUGCGAUAAAUGCGCUUGGUUUUUCGCAGGGUGGCCAAUUCUUGAGAGCAUACGUCCAGCGUUGUAACAAGCCUCCCGUUCACAAUCUAAUUACCUUUGGCAGUCAGCAUAACGGCAUUGCAAGCUUCACGGCGUGCAAGGAUUCCAGCGACUGGCUAUGCUGGAGCUUCAAUGCCUUGUUGCGUUUCGGAACUUGGUCGAGCAUUACGCAGUCUGGGUUAGUACCCGCGCAAUAUUUCCGUGACCCCGAGGAGCUGGAUGACUACCUGAAGUACAGCAAUUUCCUAGCUGAUAUCAACAACGAGAGGGAAGAAAAGAAUGAGAAGUAUAGGGAAAAUUUGAUGAAGCUGAAUAAGUUUGUGAUGUAUAUGUUUGAAGAGGACACCACUGUUAUCCCGAAGGAAAGCGCUCAUUUCACAGAGGUCAAUGCCACCUCAGGUGAACACACUAAACUACAGCAACGACAGAUUUACAAGGAGGAUUGGCUCGGGUUAAAGGUGCUAGACGAACAGUCUCGUUUGGAGUUCUUGACGAUACCCGGUCGCCAUAUGCAACUAAGCGAGACGCUUUUAGAACAUACUUUCCGCAACUACUUUGGCCCUGUGCAGAAGACAGAGAAGGCAGAAGAAACCGAGUCCCCAGAUUUUGAAGCCCAGGAAUAA